GGCGGCAGGAAGGCCGAGCUGCGGUUGGCCGCCGCGGAAAUGGACACGCUGGGGGUGGAGCCGGAGGAAGAGGAGGACGAGGACGAGGAAGAAGAGGACGAGGAGGAAGACACCAUGGACCCUCCGCUCUUGGGGGCGGCAGGAGGCGCCCCGAGCGCCACGGGGCCCGUGGAGACGGUCGGCCCCGCUCCGUCAGUUCAUGGCCAAGUUGUGCCGGCAGGAAGUUCUUCCUACAGAGUCAUAGUACACGUGGAUCUGGAUUGCUUUUAUGCACAAGUGGAAAUGAUCUCUCAUCCAGAAUUAAAAGGCAAACCUUUAGGUGUUCAGCAAAAAUAUUUGGUUGUCACCUGUAACUAUGAAGCCAGGAAACUUGGAGUUAAAAAACUGAUGUCUGUGAGAGAUGCAAAAGAAAAGUGUCCACAGCUGGUGCUAGUUAAUGGAGAAGACCUGACACGCUAUAGAGAAAUAUCAUACAAGGUUACAGAGUUAUUGGAAGAAUUCAGUCCAGUUGUUGAAAGAUUGGGAUUUGAUGAAAAUUUUGUGGAUAUAACCCAGACGGUUGAGAAGAGACUGCAUCAGCUACAAAGUGAUGACUAUUCUGUAUUGGCUGUCUCUGGUCAUGUUUACAAUAAUCAGUCUGUAAACCUAAAUGAUGUUUUGCAUGUGAGAUUACUCAUUGGAUCUCAGAUUGCGGCAGAGAUGAGAGAAGCUAUAUUUAAUCAGCUGGGUCUCACAGGCUGUGCUGGAGUAGCUUCGAAUAAACUGUUGUCCAAAUUAGUCUCUGGCACCUUUAAACCAAAUCAGCAAACAGUGUUAAUGCCUGAAAGUUGUCAAGAUCUCAUUGGUAGUUUGGACCACAUAAAGCAAAUGCCUGGUAUUGGCUAUAAAACUACCAAACGCCUUGAAUCAUUGGGUAUCAGUAGUGUCCAUGAUCUCCAAACCUUUUCACCUGAAAUACUAGAGAAAGAACUAGGAAUUUCAGUUGCUCAGCGUAUACAGAAGUUCAGCUUUGGAGAAGAUAACUCCCCUGUGACUCCUUCAGGACCACCUCAGUCCUUUAGUGAAGAAGAUUCCUUUAAAAAGUGCUCAUCAGAAGUGGAAGCUAAAAAAAAAAUUGAAGAACUACUUGCUAGUCUUUUGAACAGAGUAUGCAAAGAUGGAAGGAAGCCACAUACAAUAAGAUUAAUCAUCCGUCGGUUUUCAUCUGACCGAUAUUUUAACCGUGAGAGUCGUCAGUGUCCUAUUCCAUCUCAUGUAAUUCAGAAGUUAGGGACAGGAAAUUAUGAUGUUAUGACCCCAAUGGUUGAUAUACUUAUGAAACUAUUUCGAAAUAUGGUAAAUGUGAAGAUGCCAUUUCAUCUUACCCUUCUAAGUGUGUGCUUCUCCAAUCUUAAAUCACUACCUACCUCUAAGAAAGGAUCUAUCGAAUUUUAUUUAACACCAUCAUCAUCAACAACUUCACACUCUGGCAAGCGCACUUAUAAAAUGAAAGAUACUCAUAUGGAAGAAUUUUCACAAGACAAGGAAAUAAACUGGGAUUUUCUACCAAGUGGAAGAAUUGAAAGCAUAAAAACUGGAGAGUCUCCAGUAGAUACUUCAAAUUUUACUAAAGAAAAAGAAAUUCAUGAUUUUCCAUUUCACUCACUUCCUGAGGGUAUUGACCAUGAAGUCUUUAAGCAGCUUCCAGUAGAUAUUCAAGAAGAAAUCCUUUCUGGCAAAACUAGAGAAAAAAUUCAAGGAAAGGGAAGUUUGAGUUGUCCAUUACAUGCCUCUAAAGGAGUGUUAUCUUUCUUUUCUUCAAAACAAAUGCAUGACAUCAUUUCAAAUCCCAGAGAUCAUUUAUCCAAUAGCAAACAGUUAGCCUCUAUAUCUACCAGUGAACCAGGUACAUCAGGUUUAAGUAGCACUGGUUCCACUUACCUGUUUAGCCGAAAGGAUUCUCCUCACUAUUUAGACAGUGAGCUGAGAGAUGAAAGAAUGAGUCAAGGACCUAAAGAAUCCCAAGGAUUCCAUUUUUCAAAUACAAACCCUGCUGUGUCUAUAUUCCAUUCUUUCCCAAACUUACAAAGUCAGCAGCUCUUUUCCAGAAGUCACACUGCAGAUAGCCAUAAGCAGCUUACAGGCUCAGUUUCUCAGCAUCUCAGUCUUACAGAAAACAAAGAACAAGAAUCUUCAGAGGAGGAAAUUACUUUUCCUUCUGGCAUUGACCCUGCAGUUUUUUUUGAAUUACCAGAAGAUGUUCAAAAAGAACUUUUGGCUGAGUGGAAAAGAACAGGAUCCUCUUUCCAAACUGUACAUGAAUAAGCAUGAUGGAAAAAAAAUCUAAAAAUAUAUGCUAAGCAAAUAGCAACAACAUUAUGUUCCCCUCAGUCUAACAGCUUAUUAAGGUGUUUGAUAUUAAACCGUUUAUUAGGUAUUCAGUAAUGUAGAAAUCUGACUAAUAUGAAACAUUCCAGUAAAGCACAAACAGCAGAAGGGAGGUAAACUCUUACAUAAAGCAUAGAAGUGUUCAUAUCAGAAUAAUGUAAAGUAUUAUCUUCCUCUCAUUUUUAAGCUAUUUUAUAUUGAAGAUUUUCAAUAAAAAGAAUAUCAUGGUCAGCAUUAGUACAUAUUCCAUAAAUUUGGGAAAUGUAUGCAUGCAUAUGUAAAUUUUAAAUUUCCACAUAAUGCUGAACUGUAGGAAGUUAAAGAAUAGCAAUAAAUGUUUCCUUUUUGAAAUUUGAAGCAGCCCAAGAACCUCAGCUCACUGAGAGAUAUGAAAAUAUGGAAAACUUUAGUUUCAGCCAACUUAUAAAAACAUUGACUUUGCCUCGGGUAACUAACAUACAUUCCGUAAUAUAAGCUGACAACAAAAUAUUCAGGUUUAAUGGAUGGUUCCAGUCACUGUGUGUUCAAAUAGUUCAACUAGCUUUUAUUGGCUGGGGUGGGAGGGGCAGGUGGGUGCAAGAAGGUGAAGACUCCAUAGGGAAAAAUUAAGGGUAUACUGGCAUUAGGACUUCAGUGUACAAGGUGGGGUUGUCCUAAGAACUCUUAUUUUGACCCAGAUGGUAAGUAAGGGAGAAUUUUAGCUUGCCAUUUUUUAUACAGGACUGUGGGGAGUAGAUAUGAUAUUUCUACAGCUUUUGCUGCAUAUUUGAAGCUGGAACUCCUUGCCAUCAAAUAUGAGAAAAAUAUUAUUUUCAUCUCAGUUAUUAAUCAUCUCCAACUUCCCCUUCCAGGUCAAAAAUUGGCAGAGUAAUGAUACCCCAUGCUUGUGACAUAAGUGUAUCUUUGUAACUUGUCAAAGUACCCUGGAACACUGGUUAGGAAACUGAUAUUUAAGGAUAUGGUGGAGGUAUCUCCAUUGACAAGCAUGGCCCAUCUUAAGAAAUUUUUGGUCUAUAUAGAAAUAAUCUAUAGGAAAAAACUUGAGAUUGUUUACAAGGCAAUAUGCAUGCAAGUGAGUAUAAGAUUCUAAUAUCUUUCUUUGUGUUUGGACUCCCUUAGAUUUUAAGUAGUCAGUGGUUACUGAAGGCCUUUUCCCUUUAUAACCCAAAGAAAAAUUAUAGCACAAGUAUUUUGAAGGCAGCUAAAAUGAAAUUUCUAGCAGGAAUGAUAAAGGCUCAACAUCUUGUAACUAUUUGGAGCUCUGCUAUAGAUGUCCUUUAUUUAAAACAUUUUUUAAAUUCUCCAAAUGUUAUAAGUUCUCUACAGUUAAACUCAUCAGAGAGGCUCAUAGAGGACAUAACUUCUAUCAGAUAAUUUCCUUUUUGAUAUUCAAGUGAUCUAUCACCUUGGAUGAUUUCAGGGUUUAACAACAUAGUUAAGCUAUCUAAAGUAUAUUGACCUAAACUCUUAGUUGUGGCACAAUUGAUAAACGUAGCAUAUGAGAUGUACUUGACCAAUCAUUAUCAACUGUCAGUCAAUCAUAUGUCCUGGUGAGUAGAAUUAGCUUACAGAUGGCUUUGGAAUAGGUAUAAAAGAGUAAGAGACAUAAAUAGGCCAUGACUAAGUUUAAGAAACAAAUCUUUUUUAGGAAUGCAUACGACUUUCCAGUAUGGUUUUGAAAAACCUUAAAAGGAAGAGGAUAAGACCCUUUUCUCUCAAAAUUGUUAUGAUUUUUCAGGCUGAGAAGUUUCUGUCUUGUUCCGACCAGUCACGUUACUCAACUGUCCUUUUUCGAGGCCACUUUUCAAAAUGAACUUGUUUCAAUGCAGUGCAAUAAUUUUUUAAGUCCUUUUAUAUAAAUGGCACUGAAGAUACAAAGAUUAAAAAACGAUGAUGUUGUUGGCCUCAGGGAGCUUGUGUUCUCUGUGGUUAAUACCCUUUUUCCAAAUUAUUCUCGAAAAGACCACAACUGGUUAAGGAGGUGAUGUGGUAGUUUGGAAAGAACAUUGAAUUUUGUGUCCAGAUAUAUGGGUUUGAAUACUGUGUCUACUGCAUACAUACCACUGAGUAAUUUCAUACCAAUCACAGCCUUUCUAGGCUAUAAUUUUCUUAUCUAUGAAAUGGGAAAUUUGGAUUAGAUGAUUUUUAAGGUUCAUUUCAGAUCUAAAUCCCGUGAAUGUUUUGUGUCCAGGAAAGACAAUGAUAUCUCUCUUAAAAAAAAAUUAUAAAGUCCUUUUUUCACAAACUGUAGUAUAGCUAUUACAAAUUAUCUUUAUUUUGCAAAUUGUAAAACUGAGGCAUAGAGAAGUAAAGUCACUCACCUAGAGUCCCACAGCUAGUGAGUGCUGGAGCUAAGAUUCAAACGGAAGUAUUCUGUUUGUUAAGAUCAGUAGUUUUUCCACUGUACCACAUUUCAUCAAUGACCUCAAUGGUUUUGUAAUUCAUUAAUGUCAUAGAUGCUAAGGUAGGAACAGUGGCAAGGUCAGGAGAUACAAGUAUGGUGAUAUGUUGUAGUAAGACAUUUUAGCUUAUAAAGUAAACUCAGUAAUGCAAA